ACCCAAUAACUGGUUGGGCCGCCCUUAGCAGCAACAACCGCAAUCAAGAGUUUGUGAUAACUUGCACUGAGUCUGUUACUGCGCUGUGUACAUAUACCAUACAAUAAAACCUGCAAGGUAUAUAUACGCACUUUCCUACAGAGUUUAAAUCCUGUCUAAAGCUAAUACACAUAUGUAAUGUUUGAAUUAAUCUGUUCUAUAGUACACAUCCAGCUCCCAAACAUCAAAUCUAAAUUCUUCUCUCUUUCCUCAUCAACCACAGUUUAAUGUUCGCUUCAGUUCAAACCCAGGAGAUCAGAGCUUACCAGCAUAAAGCUCGACAAUGCCAAAUUCGUGGAUAAUCAAUCCGCCCUGCAAAAUUGAAAGAUUUUUUAAUUCCCAAAGCAUCCGAGUCAAGUCAUGGUAGGUGAAAUGAGCCCAUGACUUUGCUCAGGUGUGUUGGGAAUUGGGACUAGUUAUAAGUUUGGAGUCAUCAGUUGGAUCCGAUGUGGCAGAGCUGGGAGUAAACUCUGUGACAGUCAGUAAUGUGAGACAGUUUUAACAAAGCUGAGGAGUCUGAAUCGUGCCGUCUCAUGGUGCUGGCAUUAACAAAAUCCCACUCCAGUUUCAGUGAACUCAUAGACUGCAGCGCCUAAUGGCUUCCCUGGUAGGAUGCACCUGAUUCAACUAAUCAGUUAAUUACAAAGCUUUCAUUAUUUGAAUCAUGUGUUAGGCUGAGGGGGAAAAAAAACAUUCUGAAGAAGGUCCCCAGGCACACGAGUUCAUAGAUAACUGUAAUUACUGCACAUCUGAUAUUUUAAUGACACUAGUUACUGUAAUUAUUCGAGGAGCACGCCGCAGUUUGCCAAAUCCGAGAUCCUGGUGAGACUAGAUCAAGGUCUCGGAAAAGUAUACACUCAAGCUUUGCCAAAAACAUGGAUGUGCUGCAAGCUGCUGUUUUGGGUUCUCCUGGCCGGUGUGCUGUGUGUCGUGUCUGAGAGUCGCAAAAACCGCCCACAAGGCUCGAUCCCAUCACCGUACAAAACCAGCUCAAACACGUCCGAUCGCCGUGGCCGAAAACAGGAAGUGCUGGCUUCCAGUCAGGAAGCCCUGGUGGUGACGGAAAGGAAGUACCUGAAGAGCGACUGGUGCAAGACACAGCCCCUGAGGCAAACCGUAAACCAUGAGGGGUGCCUGAGCCGCACGGUCAUCAACCGCUUCUGUUACGGCCAGUGCAACUCCUUCUACAUCCCACGGCACGUCAAGAAGGAGCAGGAGUCGUUCCAGUCGUGCGCCUUCUGCCGGCCACACCGUUUCACCACGCUCACGGUGGAGCUGGACUGCCCCGACCUGCAACCACCCUUCCGGCACAGGAAGAUCCAGCGGGUCAAACAGUGUCGGUGUAUUUCUGUUAACGUGGCUGAAUCUGGGAAACAGUAAAACCGAGAGACUGGCAGCCUGCCUGGGAUUUUGGACAAAGAAAUAUAUCAAAUUUAUAUAUAUAUAUA